AUGUCCAAAGCUGAGCUUACAUUGCCUAAAUCUCCAGUUUUAGAUCCCACAGCUCAAUUUAUAAAAGAAUUGAUUAAACAAAGAGGUACUUUAAAAGGCCGGUUAACUAAAUUGUCCGUUUAUGUUAAUUCUUUUGAAAAUCAAUUUCUAGACCGCGCUAAAAGGGCUGAGUUAAAUUUAAGGAUGCAGGGCGCAGCCAAUAUAUUGUCAGAAUUUAACAAUGUACAAAACAAACUAGACGGGGUUCUUCCUGAGUCACAGGACGAUGAACAGCUCGACGAGAGAGAAUCCUUUGAAAGUUCUCUCAGUUUAACCGCCUUCAACGCACCAUGGCGUAUAUUAAACGUUUUCUACAUAAUAGCCAUAAAACAAACU